AUAGACGACUUGGGUCGCGACUUGUCGUGUCGUGUUCGCGGUCCUGGGCAGCGGACGAAAGAAGACGGGAGAGAAAGAUUUUGGGUCCUUUGGAGUGGAGGGACGGGGGCACAGAUGUCAGCCGUCACUGAUCAGACGAAGAAAGUGGCAUCCAUGUAUGUUUCAGGUUACUUUUCACGUCUGGCGACCUGUGCCAUCCUUGUUCGCGUGGCCAGACCCGCCAUAUUCUCCUACCGAGGAGGAGGGGGAUGCUUGACUGGGACGUUGCCCUCUCGGUCUCGACGAGAUUGUGCGCUGGAAUUCGCGGUGCCUUCGGGGUUAUGUACGGAGUCUGCGGACUAUUCGUACGGAUGA